AUGACAAGCGGUACAAACCCCUCCACCUCCUCGUCGCCCGACACUAAAGGGAAAAUUUCUCUGCCCCUCCGUGAAGAGGGACAUUCCUCGGACGACUCAACAAGCUCCACGAGUACCAUCACCAAUCACCGUGCCCACAAGAACCUAGUCGUUUCCCAUGAAGCAAGUGAGACCCAAAGCUCGAGGAAAGAAGAAGACAAAGAGGGUACCUCACGCAGGGCUCAACUUUACUCCUCCGUCCGUAAGAGAGAGACCCAGGAGCUACGUGAACACUUCAUCGUUGCAAGAGAAGAACGAUUGGCGUGGCUCGAUUCCAACGAGCCUCAAAGUAGCCAUGAGAGCUCACAAGAGACAAUGACAAACAAGCUUACUCAAUUUGAUAGACACAUCAAUGAUCUUUUGAGUCAAUACGAAGAUAUCACCAAUAAUGGUGUUGUCGAUCAAGCAGCUUACAAACAAAUGAAAGAACAAUUGAGCAAGAUUACCCUCUCUUACGGCUCCAUGCUUCAAGAAAUUCCGGUCGCCGACAUAGAUGACGGGGUGAGCCGAUCGAUCCAGGUUCUUAGUCUUAUCGACCGAGAGGAAUACGCCGGAAUCUCAGUUUUCGAGAAGUCGACAAUCCUAUGGAAGACAACAGGACGUACCAGGCUGGAGACGGCUCUGAAGGAGGCAGAUGAGGAAUGGAUUCAAGAGCGUAUCUUGAAUACUAAGUCUUGGUUCACAUCCCACUCUUCUCGCUUGCCGGCAGGAGAAGACGCGGUACGGGUGACUGGGGAUAGACUUUACAGUACUUCCAUCAAAGAUAAGGAAUGA